GCGGAGUUCGGCAAAAGUUUCUUUUUUUUACGGAUUUUUUUUUUUUUUUUUUAGAAUCAACAAAAGAAAAAUAAAACACAAAGAUUCAGGUUUAAAUGUGGAGUUUAUGAAGCAGCGCCGCGGGUUUUAUCGAGCUGUUUUUAUUUUACGACGAGAUCAGAAGAAAAAAACACGGAAAAGAUCCGAGUUUUAAACUUUAAAGUCCAAAAGAAGAAAAGGAUGUUUUUUUCUUUUUCUCGUCUGAGUAAAUCUUAAACUUCGCUCUGAAGCGUCGCUCAUGGAUCCUGAAGCAGCCGACGACAUUCCGGAGGACGGCGUUCCGGAGGACGGCGUUCCGGAGGACGGCGUUCCGGAGGACGGCGUUCCGGAGGACGGCGGCGUUCUGCCUGAAGUGGAGGACGGCGUUCCGGAGGAGGACGCUCUGAGCCAGGACCAGUGGGACCAGGCCCUGAGGACGCGCCGCGAUCUGAUUGGAGGAAACACUCCCAACUCCGCCUCCUCCUCUGUCAGCUCCUCCCCCUUCCUGUCGUCAUGGUUUCGGCGGGAAAAAGGCGCCAACGACGACGACGAGGGGGACGAGGAGGAGACGCGGGUCACUGUCGUCACCGCCGAGGACGAGUCGACGAAUCAGAGCAGAGACGCCGAGGACACCAGGGACAGAACGACCAAUCAGAACGCAGAGUGUGAUCGCCGAAUCAAAACGAGCAGAACGGAGGAGUCGGCCAAUCAGGAGGCAGGAUCGGAAAAGGUGGAAGUGAGCGACGAACACGAGGAACUGACCGACCGAGACUUAAACAACUCCCGCGAACGGACUGACGCGUCCAAAACAGAAAGUGAAAGUGAAAGUGAAAGGACACUGACAGACGAGCGGGAACGGCCCAAUCAGAGCGCGGGGAAGGACGAGGAGGGCGGGGACAGCAGCGAAGAAGAGGAAGAGGAAGUGAUGUCACAGCAGAGCCAGAUGAAGAGGAAACUGGACCAUGGUCCUGACGGUCGACCGUUUCCCACAGGGAAGAAACACUGUAAAGGAAACGGGUUCCUCAGUCCGUCGAGUCUGGCUCCGGCCACGCCCACCACGUUCGGGGAGCUGCGCGUGGCCAAUGGGCACUCGGCUCAGAGGCGGCGCGUGACCUCGGGCCCGCCCCCCGCCGGACUCGCCGAGUGGCUGCGCGCCUUCCAGACCUGGAGUGGACCUGAGCGUCUUCUGGCUCUGGACGAGUUGAUCGAUCGCUGUGAGACGACGCAGGUCAAACACAUGAUGCAGCUGAUCGAGCCUCAGUUUCAGAGGGACUUCAUCUCGCUGCUGCCCAAAGAGGUGCCCGACCACAACACUUUUAUUUAUUUAUUUAUUUAUUUAUUUACAAAACUGUCACACACUUUUAAAAUAUUUCAAAAACUUCUGUGGAAUCCGAGUCUCAGGUCCGAGUGGUUCACACUCUGGCUUUGGUCCUCAGGGAUCUCGGAGCAGGUGUCGUCAUCGCGCAGGAGGAGCGCGUGUGUGAGUCCGUGGAAAUCUGCCUACAUCCGCCAACAUCGUAUCGAGAGCAACUGGAGGAGCGGAGACGAGCGCGAGCCCAUGGUGUUGAAGGGUCAUGAUGAUCAUGUGAUCACGUGUCUGCAGUUCAGUGGUGACCUCAUCGUGUCCGGAUCUGACGACAACACGCUCAAAGUGUGGUCGGCCGUCACAGGGAAGGUCCUGCGGACGCUGUCAGGACACACGGGCGGCGUCUGGUGCAGUCAGAUGUCGGUUGCCACGGUGAUCAGCGGCUCGACCGACCGGACUCUGCGGGUCUGGGACGCGGAGCGCGGCGACUGCGUCCACAUCCUGUACGGCCACACGUCCACCGUGCGCUGCAUGCAUCUCCACGGAAACAGGGUGGUCUCGGGCUCUCGGGACACGACCCUGCGCGUGUGGGACGUGGCGAGCGGGCGCUGCGAGCACGUCCUGACGGGUCACGUGGCGGCCGUGCGCUGCGUGCAGUUCGACGGGCGCCGCGUCGUCUCCGGCGGCUACGACUACAUGGUCAAAGUGUGGGACCCCGAGAGCGAAGUCUGUCUGCACACGCUCCAGGGACACACCAACCGAGUGUACUCCCUCCAGUUCGAUGGUGCGUUCGUGGUCAGUGGGUCGUUGGACACGUCCAUCAGAGUGUGGGAGGCGGACACAGGUAACUGUGUUCACACUCUGACCGGGCACCAGUCUCUGACGUCGGGCAUGGAGCUCCGGGACAACAUGCUGGUGUCUGGAAACGCCGACUCGACGGUGCGAGUGUGGGACGUCCGGACGGGACAAUGUCUCCACACGCUGCAAGGUCCACAUAAGCACCUGUCGGCGGUCACCUGUCUGCAGUUCUGUCGGGGUUUGGUUCUGUCCAGUUCAGACGAUGGGACAGUGAAACUGUGGGACCUGAACAGCGGCGCCUGGAUACGAGACGUGGUCACACUACAGAGCAGAGGAUCAGGUGGUGUGGUCUGGCGAAUCCGAGCGUCCGACACUCGUCUGGUUUGCGCGGCGGGAAGUCGGAACGGGACGGAGGAAACCAAACUGCUGGUGCUGGACUUCGACCUGGGCGAGACGGCGAAGGACGAGGAAUGAACGGCGCCGAAAAAAAACGUCCGAAAAAAACCCGACGCAAAACUUUGGACGAACUCGACUCUUUUUUGACCAAAGUCGUGGAACUUCCUGAAUGUUGCUAUGACGACGCCACAAACCGCUGGAGACGCGUGAAUGUCCCAAACGUUCAGAAGGUGAAAAAUAUUCUUCAAAACUUUUGUGAAACUGAAUGUAAACAACAGACCAACCCGAGCUGCUAAAACCGACCACGACGACCGAGACAGACUCCUAAAGCUUCACUACGGAACUUUUCUGCUCAACCUGCGCCGCGUGGACAUUGGUGUUACCGAAAAUCAGCUACGCAUCGAUAAAACGAAUCGUAAACUCGCUCGUCGUUUGAGCGGGAGUCGAACUCGAGUCUGAAAACGUCGUAGUCGUGGCGACGCUGAAGGAGACGACGUUCUCGCUCGGCCCCGGAAUGUUCCACAGUUUGGCUUUAAAAUCCGUGCUCGGGACUCGCCGCUCCACGGACGCGACCUGCACCUCGGCCAAGUCUCGGAGAAAACAGAAGUGAAACGUCGUGCGGUGAAACAAUCAAGAAGACGCGGUAAUGUCAAUCUCCACGGCGACGAGGGAAGCAACGAUAGUCGAUUUUAGGGCUGAGUAUCGUUAGGAAGUCGCCGAUACGAUACACAGGCCACGAUACGAUACUGUGCACUUUCGAUUCAGUACGAUUCAAUACGAUAUAUUUCAAAACGAUUCGAUACGGUUCAGUAAAAAAAGGUGAAUUUGUGGCUCUGAUAAAUAAAACCAAGUAUCGUUUAAAAGUUGCCGAUACGAUACAAACCUCGGUACUGUGCACUUUUGAUUCGAUAUAUUUCGAAUUGAUUCGAUACGGUUCAAUAAAAAUAAAGUCUAAAUCAUGUUUGUCACACUAAAAGUCUUUGUUAAAAUAAAAAUAAACACACGUGUGUUAUCAUGUUACUCAUGUUUUUAUAUUUUACUCAUCAGCAGAAAAAAAAAAUGUAGAUUUUUCUUUUUCACAUCUUAAAAUGUAUUGAAAUCAUAUCGAUCUCGUUGCCCCUGUAUCGAUUAGGGCUGUGCAAAAAUACUAAAAUAUCGAUAUAUCGUAUAGUUUAAUUUGAUGUGGGAUUCUUGUGGUUCGGUGAGACGUGGUCACAGCGGGGGGGGGGGGGGGCGCUCUAACUAUAAAGCGCUGCAGGAAACACUGCGAUAUCGAUAUCGUGGGCUGUUUUCGGUUUAUUUUACUAAAUAAUUUUGUGUAAGAGCUACAGUUGUGUUCACAUUUUCACAGUUUUGAGUAAAACUGUGUUUUUCAUCUGAACUUUGCACAAACUUAGUCGACUUUUAGUGUCAGAGCCACGAUUUAGUCUUAGUUUUUUACUGAAUCGUAUCGAAUCGACUUGAAAUAUAUCGUAUCAAAUCGUAUUGAAUCGAAAGCGCACUGUAUCGAAAAGUGUAUCGUAUCGGGGCCUGAGUAUCGUAUCGGUGAGUUCUUAACGAUCCCAGCCCUGAUCGUGACACAGAUCGGAUCGUUGGAAAACCGUAUCGACACACAAGAAAAGUCCCGUAGUGCGGCUUUACAGUUUUCCCUUUUACUGUUUUUAUUUUUCAUGUCGAGCUGCUGUGAAAAUAAAAGUGUUUUAUAUUUAUUUUAAAGAUAAACUGUGUAACUUUUCUGCUGGAGGCUCCGUCAGACGCCGCCGUCUCCGUGGAGAUGUCGUCGCUUUGUCGGGAAUGUUCCACAGUGCGGCAUUAAAACCUUUCUGUCUCCAUGGAAACCAAACCAGACACAGUUCCAGGUCGGAUCUUGGUGUUUUUGAGCCGUAAAACCUGCACCUGUGAUUGAGUAAAAGUAAAGCGGGGCCGUUUAAAGUCACACUGCGGAACAUUCCGGCCCAAAGCAGUAACUCCGUCUCCGUAGAAACGAGCCGGUGUCGUCGUUCUGUUUAAAGCUGCGCUGCGGGAAUUUAACUGGCAGAGGGUCCAGGGCGCGUUUGUUACUGCGGAGAUGUCAUCGCUUUGGGCCGGAAUGUUCCGCAGUGCGACGUUAAACGCAUUCCACAUCUCCGUGGAGACGUCACCGGGCGAAGGUACGGGUCAGAUCUGCGGAGAGGCCGACCCCAGGAGACCCGCCGUGAAAUUAAAACGCUAGAUUUAGACGUUUAAUCCUGUGACGUUCUGGGCGAAGCGGUCACAUCUCCACGGCAACGAGCAGGCGGCAGAACAGAAAAGUUCCGCAGUGCGUCUGAGGAACGGGUCGAGUCCGGACACGGAGCGCAGACGCCGAGUUUAGGAAGUUUCGGAAAAGGUUUUUGCCGAGGGAAACGCCGGCGACGAAACCCGUGGAGCUCAACGGCGCCGCCUCUGGUCUGGAAAUAAAACUCCCGUUCGUUUUUCCCAUAAACUUUCCCACAAAAAAAAAAAAAAAAACAUUAAAAGUGUGAAAACUCUGGGUCGAUCGGCUCUGGAACUAACGACCAAAAGAACAGAACCGACACUUUAUUUAAAAUCUGUUUCUGAAACUUUUAAAAACCGCAAAGUUCUUAAAUCAGAGUUGUUCUCCUCAGAUGUUUCUCCAGGUUCUUCUCGUUUUUUUCUCUCUGACUCUGAAGUUUAUUUGGAUUCACGUUUGAGGAAUUUUUCAUCUCUUAUUCUCAAGAUUUACGGAUCUUCGUUCGCCCGUAAUAUUUGAAAUUUCCGAAAAAUCUGUGGGAAAAAUGAAACGGAGAAUUUACUUUACGGAACCAGAGCGAACUUUAAGCUGCGUUUUCUCCGUGGAGAUGUUGUUGCUUUGUCUGGAAUGUUCCGCAGUACGGCAUUAAAACUGUCUUUCUCCACGGAGACCAAACCGGACCUGACGUGAAGAUCCGGGUCAGGUCUGCGGAGAGGCGACGACCCCCGCUCACGGUCACGAUGUCUUGUUUUUAUCGGGAUCUUUGAGCGAUAAAACCUCCCGGAAUUGAGUAAAAGUAAAGUGGAGCUGUUUAAAGUCACACUGCGGAACAUUCCAGCCCAAAGCCAGAACUCCGUCUCCGUGGAAACGAGCCGGCGACGAACCCUCCGCCGAAAAGUGACGUUAAAAAAAACAAAAAAAAAAAACAACUGCGACCGAAUAUUUAGAAUCGGAAAGUGACGAUUGAAAGUCGGCGUCGGUGUUCGUUUGUGUCGUGGAAACGGAGGCUCACGUUUCGCCAAAGUCGGUUCGAAAACGUCGGCGAUGAUUUUGUGCCAAAUUUUCCAAACAAAACGCGCCAAAUUUUCUCACGUUUACACAAAAAACGUCCAGCGUCGUUUUUAGCGUUAUUUUCUACUGAUAAAAACCAUCGCGAGUUCCAAACCGCAGUGUUACGCCGAUGAAACGAGGAUGAAAAUCGCGCCAACGUGAGACGAGCUUUGUUCUGUUGUUUUUCUUGGUGCGACGCUAACAGGAGGCACUGCUCCGUCUGAAACUCUGAGACUCAAGUUCGACUUUAAUCUGAGUUUUAUUUUAACUCAAUCUGAUCUGAACUCCAACCCCGACGCUCGGACCGACACAGGGCUCCUGAAAACGACUUUAAAUCACUUUUCUGUUUUAUUUUAUUUUAUUUAAUUUUUUUGAGUUUUCAGACGAUCUUGACUUGAUCUUGAUGUUCAACUUUUUCGGUCUGUGUUCGCUCGUGUUUGUGUCACCGCGGUAACUGCUGAACCAGGACUAAACCGGGACUAAACCAGGAC